GUUUGCACCGUUAUCGAAGAUCGAAUCGAAUGAUCUUGUGUGGUACUUCUUCUCUCCGUAUGAGUCCACGAAUAAGAGGCCAAGGAGGACUACACGUUCUGGGUUUUGGAAAGUUACUGGUGUUGAUAGGAAAAUCAAGGAUAAGGGUCUCGCCGAACUUUAUACUGUCCAAUCCUCCUCCCCCUCUCGGCCGUCACUCCUUACUUCCUCGCCUCGCCGUCAGAUCUGCCGUCACAUCCGUUCGAUCAUUUAAUCCUUUUCCAAGUCUUAGAAACACCAAAGUCUUUCUCUUUGCUCUGUUCUUGGCUAAAAUGAGUGAAUCCAUCUUAAAGGCUGCUAGGUAUUGAUUCAGUAGGAAUGGUGUAGAGCCUGUUGGUUCCUAUAUACACACUCACGCUGAAGAUUAU